AUGCUGGAAACUCUCAAGGAUGCAGAGAAGGCACUGAUAAAGAUGAAGCUCGGAUUGAGGAAGCAUGCAACACAAUGUCAGAAAACUCAUGCAACAGUUCAUGACUACGUCGAUGCAACACUGAGUAAUGAGUUCAACAUUGAAUCAGGGGGAGAAAUUGAGGGAGAUCUUGAUUCAGAAGAUAAGGAAGAACAAGACUUAGAGGAUGAGGAAGAACAAGACUUAGAGGAUGAGGAAGAACAAGACUUAGAGGAAGAGGAUGAAGAAGAUGCUGAGGUGCCUAAGAAGGCCAAACUGUCACCUAAGAAGAUUGAACCAUCAAAGAAGUCAGGAACAAUCAGAAAAACUAGAAGAGUCAGGAGUCCCUUAGAUGACUCAUCAUUUCGAUUCUUAUAUUCACUUGACUGA